GAACCAGUUGCCAGGUCUAUUCCUAAUUAUAAGGCAUUCUUUGACGGUCUCUUGCCCAAAAUCAAGAAAGAUGUUCAUCCCAAGAGUUUUCACGGUCACCGUCUUCUCCGCUAGGGAUUCUCGCGGGUAUCUCUGCUCGCUAUUUUCCUUAAUUCCAUUUUCAACCUACAAUACACUGGAUAUCCCCGUUAUUCACCUCAAGAACAUACCACAACCAGAGGCACCCACUCAAAAUGACUAUCAGACCAGCGAAUCUCAUAUCCAGUGUCAAUUGUCCGAUCUUUUUCCAAUUUCUCUCAUCUCUUUUACUAAAAACUCCAAUGCGUUCAAUCCAUCUGAUGCACUUAAGCAAUCGGAGACUAAGGCCUUUGAUUAUUUUUUAUCGCCCGAAGAUAAAUUCCGAGGCGUUUUUCUUCAGAAACUCCAUGGGAUGCCUGCAAUUGAGAGGGCCUUAGCUUCUGUUGGCGUAGAUCCAACGCUUGAUUUGGUAGCUAAAGUAGUGAACAGAGGAAAUUUAGGAGGUGAGGCCAUGGUUACUUUUUUCGGGUGGGCAAUCAAACAGAAAAGCAUUGCAAAAGACGUGAAUGCUUACAAUGUAGUUCUUAGAGCAUUAGGAAGAAGGAAAUUUUUCACUCAUAUGAUGGCAUUGUUUGAGAGGAUGAGAGCUGAAGGACUUGUUCCCACAUCAAGUACAAUGUCCAUUGUUUUUAAUAGUUUCAUUCGAGCUGGCCAAAUCUCGAAAGCUAUCCGACUGUUUGGGAAAUCAGAUGACUACGGCUUAAAAUGUGAUGCUAAGGCACUGAAUUCCCUUUUGCAGUCUCUAUGCACGCGAUCACACGUGGAUGCUGCAAGCUCCUUGCUUGUUAAAAUGAAGGAGAGGGUUCCCUUUGAUCUUACAACCUACAAUAUUGUCAUCGGUGGGUGGGCAAGAUUUGGUAGAGUUAGUGAAGUUGAGAGGACUUUGAAGAAAAUGCUUGAAGAUGGUUUUGCUCCGGAUCACGUGACUUAUGCUUAUGUUCUUGAAUGUUUAGGAAGGGCUGGUCAGAUUCAUGCUGCCAUCGAAAUAUUUGAGGGUCUAGAUGAGAAGGGGUGCAUACAACAUGCUGAGGUUUACAAUGCCAUGAUUUCUAAUUUUCUGUCGGUCAGUCAUAUUGAUGAAGGGUUGAAGUAUUAUAAAAAGAUGAGGACUACGUGUUGUGAGCCAAAUGUUGAGACCUAUGUACGGCUCAUUUCUUCUUUUCUCAAGGCCAGAAGAGUGGCCGAUGCAAUUGAGAUGUUUGAUGAAAUGGUAAGUCGAGGAAUACUUCCCAGCACUGGAACAAUAACUUCUUUUCUUGAACCUUUAUGUAGCUAUGGCCCACCUCAUGCUGCUCUGGUUAUUUAUAAAAAAGCUAGAGAAGCCGGUUGCAUUAUAUCGUUUAACGCAUACAAGUUGUUGCUUAUGAGGAUUUCUAGGUUUGGUAAAUGUGGGACGCUACUGAACAUAUGGAAUGAGAUGCAGGAAAGUGGUUAUUCAUCAGAUGUGCAAGUGUAUGAGUACGUCAUCAAUGGGCUUUGCAACGCGGGGCAGCUCGAGAACGCCGUCCUUGUGAUGGAGGAAGCAUUGUGCCAUAGAGGAUUUUACCCUAGCAAGCUUAUUUGUAGCAAGUUGAACAACAAACUGCUGGCAUCAAACAAAACAGAGACUGCUUACAAGCUCUCCCUCAAGAUAAAAACUGCACGCUGCUGUGAAAAUGCUCAGAGAUACUGGCGUGCUAAAGGGUGGCAUUUUUAAUCUCAGUCACUGACUUUCAAUGGCUGAGUGACGAAACCUUCUUGAAGAGCAACAAAUAAAUAGAAAAAUAGAAAGAAUGAUGUGACGGGAUCGUGGAGGCAGACGAAGGCGAGAUAGUCGAGAUGGAUGUAAUGG